AUGGUCUGCUACGGUGUUGCAAAUGAGGUUUUGUCAUUUACCAUCUCUAAGAUUGAUAAGGUCUUGUACAGAUUAGAAAAUCCAGUUUUCCAAUCUGCUGGCCUUUUCCUCAGUGGGUCACGAUGUAGUGCAGCAGCUGGAAAUUCAUGCCCUAGUUCUGAAGAUGAAACUUGUAUUUCGGGAAGGCAGGAUACAAGAAAUGAAGUGCAACAUUCAAGAACACCAUCCGCCUUAGUACCCAAAACUUCAGUAAAAGUAGGUUCUCUGAUUUCUGGAGAUGCAGUCAAAGCAGUGAUCUGUCACAAUGAUGCACCAGACGAUAUAAGAGGCAAAGCUUUCUCCAGACACGCUCACAAUCCUGGAUAUGAGCCAGACAGAGUAACAUACGGCAUAGUUAUGGAGGUGCUUGGUCAUUGUUGCUAUCUAACUGAAGCAGAGGCUGUUUUUUAUGAAAUGCCACUAAAGAACUGGGUUCCUGAUGAACAUAUUUAUGGUCUUGUGGUGGAUCUGUGGGGGAUAAUUGCACUGAGAAUUCAGAAAAGGCUUGGGAGUGGUAUGUACCCUAAGAUGCCCACAUGCAACUCCCUGCUGAGUACUUUCCUCGGGGUACGGACACUGGCUGGCGGAUGCACAUGA